AUGCCUUACCCCGAAGAAGCUGAGGGCUUCCAGGUCGAUGGACCUAACAGCUACACCCAGUUCCACAAGCGCCACUUCAAGCUGAAGCCUUUUGGCGACUAUGAUGUCGACGUUAAGAUUGAGGCCUGUGGCAUAUGUGGCAGUGACGUGCACACUAUCAGCGAGAUCGUCGGUCGGGCAAUCCGUGUCGGACCUAAGGUCACACUAAUCAAGGAAGGCGAGCGCGUUGGAGUCGGCGCGCAGUCCUACUCCUGCGGCAAGUGCAAGCAGUGCCGCAACGACAACGAGACAUACUGCCAAGUUGAGCCGAUGGACACCUACGGCUCGAAGUGGGCCGACAGUGGCAUCGUCAGCCAGGGCGGAUACUCAUCACACGUGCGGACACACGAGCACUGGGUGUUCCCGAUCCCGGACGCGCUGGAAACCAACUCGGUUGCUCCGAUGCUGUGCGCCGGACUGACGGCGUACUCGCCCUUGGUGCGCAAUGGUACUGGUCCUGGCAAGAAGGUUGGAAUCGUUGGACUGGGUGGCAUUGGUCACUUUGGAAUCAUGUUUGCUAAGGCGCUGGGCGCAGAGACGUGGGCUAUUUCGCGCUCGCGUGCUAAGGAGGCGGACGCUCGCAAGCUCGGUGCUGAUGGUUACAUUGCUACAGCCGAGGAGGGAUGGGAGAAGGAUCAUCUAUGCUCGUUUGAUUUGAUUAUCAACUGCGCUAACUCUUCGGAGGGCUUCGAUCUUGCGCGCUAUCUGUCCAUGAUGGAUGUUCAUGGGCGCUGGAUCAGUGUUGGCCUUCCUGAGGAGGAGGGUCAGGUCAUUAAGGCUCAGAACCUGAUCUCCAACGGUGUUCUUAUCGGUGCCAGCCACCUGGGUAGCCGUCGGGAGAUGCUGGAUAUGUUGCAGCUGGCUGCAGAUCGGGGUCUUAAGGGUUGGGUAGAGGAGAUUGCCAUCGGAGAGGAGGGACUCAAGGAGGCCAUGCUGCGCAUGAAGAAGGGCGAUGUCCACUAUCGGUUCACUCUCACCGGAUAUGAGAAGAUCUUUGGAUGA